AUGAGGCCGCCGGGCCUCCAGCCCAUCCUGAUAGUGCUCCUGGGCUGCUGGGCCCCAGUGAGCACACAGACCGGGGCCACUCCGGAGGUGAUGACAAACGAGGGUUUCAACUUCACUGAGGUAGCCUUGGCGACUGCCGGAGCCUCUCCGUCGUCUGGGCUCCUCGCCACGCCCAGGGCGCCGGGCCCCUCUUCAAGUCCCAGACCCACCCCGGUCACCGACGUUGCUGCUCUCUGCGUCUGUGACUUGUCCCCGGCGCAGUGUGAUGUCAACUGCUGUUGUGACUCUGACUGCAGCGCCCUGGAUUUCAGUGUCUUCUCUGCUUGCUCGGUUCCAGUCGUCACGGGUGACAGCCGGUUCUGCAGUCAGAAAGCAGCCGUUUACUCCAUGAAUUUUACAGCAGACCCACCUGAAAGAGUUUUUAAACUUGUUGAUAUAAUCAACCCAUCUAUUUUCUGCGUCCAUAUUACAAACUAUAAACCUGCAUUGUCUUUUAUUAAUCCUGAAGUGCCUGAUGAAAACAGUUUUGAUAAAUUGAUGAAAACAUCUGGUGGUUUCCCACUGAAUGCAGAAUCAGACAUUUCUUCCACAACCAAAUUGAAUUCUCCUCGUACUUCUGCUAAAUAUGAGUAUGGUAUGCCUCUGCAAACUCGAGAGUCCUUCCUGAGAUUUCCCUCUCCUCUCACGUCCUCUCUGUGCACUGAUGAUAACCCUGCAGCAUUUUUGGUGAGCCAAGCUGUUAAGUGCACCAGGAGGAUAAAUCUGGAGCAGUGUGAAGAAAUCAAAGCCCUUCAAAUGGCUUCUUACAGCAGCCCUGAAAUUUUGAAGGUGCCCAAUUCAAGAACAAAGGUCCAUGUUAUUGUCCAGUCUGUCAUUGUCCAGUCUCUCAAUCAAACACUGACCCAGCUGGAAGGCACUCCUGUUGAUCUGCGGCCUGCUUUUGUCAGCGCUGGGAAUGUUAAUGUCUGCACAAGUGUCGUUUUGGAGGUCAAGUACAGCCUGACAUAUACAGAUGCAGGUGAAAUAACAAAAGCUGAGCUCUCUCUUCUGCUGGGGACAGUGAGCAGUGGCGUUACUCCGAUCCAGCAAAAGUUUGAAAUUCAUUUUAUUCCGCAAAAUACAAAGCCGGUUCCUCUCAGUGGAAACCCUGGUUAUGUUGUGGGGCUCCCAUUAGUGGCUGGAUUUCAGCCUCAGAAGGGGUUGGGGAUUAUUCAGACAACAAAUAGAUAUGGACAAUUUACUAUUCUUCACAGCACAACUGAGCAAGACUGUUUAGCAAUAGAGGGGAUACGGACCCCAGUGUUAUUUGGUUACAAUAUGCAAUCCGGCUGCAAACUACGACUGACCAGAGCUGUCCCGUGUCGACUGGCCGCGCACAAGGUGAAGAGCCUGCUCAAGGGCCAGGGCUUCCCGGAGUAUGUGGCUCCUUUCGGAAAUUCCCAGGCCCAUGAUGCACUGGGCUGGGUGCCUGUCCAUUUCCUCACUCAUUCUUCCAGCGACAAGGAUUCAUGCCAGGUCCCAGUGGCUUUGGUUAUUGAAGUGAAGUGGACUAAAUAUGGUUCCCUGGUGAACCCACAGGCUAAAAUCGUGAAUGUGACUGCAAACCUCCUUUCAUCCCCAUUCCUGGAGGCAGACUCAGGAAAUGAACGGACGAUUCUUAUUUCCACCGUGGUGACUUUUGUGGAUGUGUCUGCACCUGCAGAGCCUGGUUUCAGAGCGCGGCCAACUAUCAAUGCCAGGCUGCCCUUCGAUUUCUUCUUCCCAUUUGUUUGA